UCCUCUUCGGGCUUGCGCGCGCGCAUCUUCCUCCUGCACGCGCCACCGCUAGUCCAGCACUCCCGCCGGAGCCUCAGGCUCGCGCGUUCCUUUUCCCCUCCGGCUGUAGAGCGGGUGGGAUCCUGCACCGCGGUCGCGCGAGCAGUGGCAGCCCGAGCCGGCUCCGGCGGCGGUAGCGGCGCGCGAUCCCAGGGGCGGAUCGUACCACUGCCACGCCGGGGAGCUUGAGCGCCGAGCCGGCCUCGACCCCGAUCUUGGAACGCCGCGGUCCUUGCCCGCUGCUGGCCCCACCCAUCCGGGCCGAAGAGGCCGCGGCCAUGGCUGAGACGGAGGAGCGAAGCCUGGACAACUUCUUCGCUAAGAGGGACAAGAAGAAGAAGAAGGAGAGGAGCAACCGGGCGGCAAGCACCGCGGGCUCGGCGGGCGGCGUAGGCGGGACCAGUGGAGCCGCGGGCGCAGCGGGCGGCGGGGCGGGCGCGGGAGCCCGGCCGGGUGACGGCGGAACCGCGGGCGCGGGGGCCGCGGGCCCCGGGGCCGCCACCAAGGCCGUGACGAAGGAUGAAGAUGAGUGGAAAGAAUUUGAGCAAAAAGAGGUUGAUUACAGCGGCCUCCGAGUUCAGGCAAUGCAAAUAAGUGAAAAGGAAGAAGACGAUAAUGAAAAGAGAGAAGAUCCAGGUGAUAACUGGGAAGAAGGUGGAGGAGGUGGUAGUGGUGUAGAAAAAUCUUCAGGUCCCUGGAAUAAAACAGCUCUGGUACAAGCACCUCCUGCUCCAGUAAUUGUUACAGAAACACCAGAACCGGUGAUGACUAGCGGUGUAUAUAGGCCUCCUGGGGCCAGGUUAACCACAACAAGGAAAACACCACAAGGACCACCAGAAAUAUACAGCGAUACACAGUUCCCAUCCCUGCAGUCCACUGCCAAGCAUGUAGAAAGCCGGAAGGAUAAAGAAAUGGAGAAGAGCUUUGAAGUAGUAAGACACAAAAAUAGAGGUAGGGAUGAGGUUUCAAAAAACCAGGCCCUUAAACUUCAGCUAGACAACCAGUAUGCUGUGCUUGAAAAUCAGAAAAGCAGUCACACACAGUACAAUUAAGGAAUGGUCUUUGCUAACACUUCUAAGGUAACUAGACCACAUCUAACCACCAUGACCAGCCAUUCAUCACCUGACCUCUGUUGGAACUACAGCAACCGAUGCAGACCCCUCGAUAUAAGUGAUCGGCCCUGUUGCACUGUGGAUGUUUAAACUGUCACAACUGCUCUUUAUGUCUAUUGGAUAUAGGGGAAUUUCCAUUGUUAUAUAAAUGUGUGAACUAGAUUCAGCAGUGUCUUUCAUAAGUACUCUGCAAAUACAGAAACAGAAAACAACUGCAGCCAGUGGUCAUUUCAAAAUCUUUUUAUGUUCAGAUACUGAGCCUUCGUAAGGGUUGACUACCUCAGAUUUGCUGCACUCAUUGUGGACUUCAUGUGGAUCACAUCUUCUGGAUAAGAAGGUUACAGCUAUUAAGUAUCGAUAUGAAACUUGAAACCAGCUCUACUGGAUUCCUAUCAGAAAUCCUACAGAAAGUCAGCCAUCUGGGUUCUGAUCUGCUGUAAAAGAUGAAGAUUUAAGUGACCUUAAUUAACCUGUCCUGUGCCCCACCCUUAAGGAACACUCUGUAGUAGGCUGUGGCUAUAUUAGACUUCCUGGAACAUGCCUCUCUAAAGAACUGAUGUGGUCAGAUAAUCUGUGUAGGGCUGUUGAUUUAUAAUUUAAGCCUUCAGUUGUAUUCUAGGUAAACAAAUUAAACCAAGCUUGGGUCCACCAAGUGGGAAAAGGAGGGGAGGGGAGGGAAUAAUCUUAUUUCUUUUAGUAUGAAUUUUUUAUUUGGGUAGUGCUUUUUCUAUGUUCCACAAUAAGGCCUUUUUUUGCUUUGACUUGGAAUUAGUUCCUUGACAGAGCAUAUUGCUUGGUUUAGUAACCUGAAAUAUGCAUUAGGAUUGUGAACUGUCUUGUGAAUUUGCCAACUCCUAGAGUGGAACCAAAUAGCCUUUGGUGUAAAGGACAGUGGCUGCUGGGGCUCUACUUCAGGUGAUGCUGAAGUCUUUAAUCAGGUCCAAAUUGUAUAGUAAAUGGCAGUGGAAACAGAAUCUAGCAGAUUUCUAGUGAGACUGAAGAUUCAUUGACCUGUUAUAAAUUCAAAGCAGCAUGAGCAGAACCUUGUCUAAAACCCUUUUUAAGUGUCAUGGAUCUUGUGUGAUCUUUGACAAGAAUUCAAGAUACUGUACUUGUACUCACAUUUUAAAGGUAUUGAAGGUUCUAUAGAUGCAGUGAUUGUCCCAGCAAACUCUUUAUUGACCUUUUGGUGUGUCUUUAUGUUGUUCAUUUGGAGAGUUAGGGGCAAAAGACAGGUGAUGUAGCACUUGUGUUUUUAAUAAUUACAGCUUAAACUAUCCAGUAAUUUUUAGUCCUUAAAAGGGACUUGAAGAAGCUACCCAGAGUUACUGAAAAGUUUCAUUCCAUCUAAUGA